CAAAAGUUUUUCCGUUGAAGUGUUCCCCGCGUGGGGAGGUUCUUUCAUUAUGGAGGAAAAGACAAGGGAAUUAAGACCAUGACUUCAUUUGGUAAAGUAUAUAUCUGUGAUGAGGUUAAAAAGACUUCAUGUCCCCCAGCUUGCUCGUUUCCUACUGUUUCAUUCUUCGGUUGUUGCAUUUCCAAGGGUCAUUAUGACGAUUAUAAAGUUCCUGUUUCUCGGCUUCUGUUCCUUGGCAGCAACAAGCCCAUCUCCUUCAGCAUGGACAACCAAACUUCAAAGUUUUGCCCCAAUGCUCAGCUCAAUGUUCCCUCAAGGAGGACCAUUGACGCCUCAAAUUCUGCAAAGUUUCUUAGAACCGAACGAAGCAAACAUCGCUAGAAACUCCUACGUCUACAGAGACGGGACUUCCCUUCGACUAUUGGGCGAUCAGUGGACAGCAAGUGGAGCAAAUGUUUACUGGCUUGGCUUGGACGAAAAUGUUACUCCUCCAGCUGGACAACCAUUCUAUGCACCGACCAGAGCGAGCUAUCCGACCAAAGGUCGAAUCACUGAGGUUAUGGCGACGUUGGUCACAAUGGGAGCCAAACUUAUCAGAAGUCAAACUCUGGGCGUCAGUACCGGGAAUCCAUUGAGCUUGUUACCAAGUCCAGGGAAUUACAACGAAGCAGCGUUUGAUACUAUGGAUUGGUCCGUUUUUCAAGCCCGACAGCAUGGAUUGAGGAUCUUUGCUCCGUUGACGGAUAAUUAUGAUUACUACCAUGGCGGGAAAUUCAACUUCCUUCGUUGGGCAGGACUCAAUAUCAGCGGGACCAAUAACGCCAAGCUCCCACCGGAUACUCUCCAAUUCUACACAAAUGAUACUAUCAUUGCCUCAUUCAAAGAUUACAUUACGCAUCUUAUGACACACGUGAAUUCGUAUACUGGAGUUUCCUAUGCUGAUGAUCCUACGAUUAUUGGCUAUGAGACCGGGAAUGAGCUGGGCGGGAUUGUCUUUGGGGAUAAGAAUGUACCCGUCAAGUGGACGAGGGAGAUUUGCCAGUUGAUCAAGACUCUCGGACCCAACAAACUCUGCAUAGACGGCACCUACGGAAUAAACACCACCCACUUCGCCGUCUCCGAAAUCGAUAUUUUCAGCGAUCAUUUCUAUCCCCUCAACAACACCAAACUCACCGCCGAUAUCAACCAAGUGGAGAGCGCGGAUCGAGUUUAUCUCGCCGGAGAAAUCGAAUGGACGGGUUUGAGCGGUGGUGAUUCCUUACAGAGCUUUUAUGACACUAUUCUAGCGAGGCAAAAUGAGACGAAGCCGGUGGUGGCAGGGAGUAUGUUUUGGAGUUUGUUUGGACAUGAUGUUCCAGAUUGUAAUAACAGAGAUACGUGAAUCAUAGUGAUGGUCUCGCGCUCCAGUAUGGCAAUCCUCUUAAUACGGCGAAGAACAACACUCAGAUUGGCACGAUACGACAGCAUUAUUUUGCUAUGCAGAAUGUUACUGUUGAUGCUUAUUUGCCGGCUGUUGCUUGUCCGCAUAAUUUUGUCCCGGGGUACGAGGCUGAGUAUACUUAUUUUUGAGAGGGAGUGAGAGGUUUUCAGAGCAGAGGGGUGAGUAUAGGAUGUACGUGAGUGUGUAAGUAAUGGUCAAAUGUAAUA